UAGAUAUUUAGAGGAUCUAAAAUAUCUGGCCAGGCCCUCCACCUCGGCAACCAUUAACAUUAGGAUAUUUCACCUUUUCUCGGCUUCUCCCUUUCUGAUCAAAAAAGUGUAAAAGUGCCAACCUUGUAUUACAGUCUCCUCGCCGCCCCUCCCCUUCCUUUCCCGUUUCACAAAUAUCUCCGCUCCGCUCCAUUUCUCUCCCUUCUGCUCCCUCCUACCGCCGCUCUCGAUCCCAUAUCCCAAAUAUUUCCCUCUUCUCCGUAUGAUAUGAUUUCGUCCUCACCAAUCCGUAUUCCGUACACCCUCUCUUGAUUCCCCCCCCCCCCGACUUCUCUUUCCAUAAAUGGGGGAGGAGGUCAAGAUGACCGAUUACGACUGCGCUGCCGCCGAUGAUGAUGAGAGGGUCCUCGAAUGGGAGCUGGGCCUCCCUGCUGCCGACGAUCUCACUCCUCUCUCUCAGCCCCUGAUCCCGCCGGAGCUCGCCUCCGCCUUCAGCAUCUCGCCGGAGCCCAGCCGGACUCUCCUCGACGUUAAUCGUGCCUCGCAGAAUACUCUGUCGAAUCUUCGCGGCGGCGGCUCUCAGGCCUUUUCCUCCAAUAAUUUCAAGCCGCUCAAUGAUGACGGGUGUCGGGACCCCAUCGUCGUGGAGGCCGAUGAAGAGGCCGAUCGAGAUGGGUCUGGGUCCGAUUCUCGGAAACUCAGGAAGAUCGACUGCACUGAAGAGGCUGAUUCGGCUCUGCGGACUGAGAAUUCGACGGACGAUCCGUCUGCUCGGACCUUAAAGCGGCCUCGGCUCGUAUGGACUCCUCAGUUACACAAGCGGUUCGUGGAUGUGGUGGCUCACCUGGGAAUCAAGAACGCGGUGCCAAAGACGAUUAUGCAAUUGAUGAACGUCGAAGGAUUGACCCGAGAAAACGUCGCCAGCCAUCUUCAGAAAUAUCGGCUUUACUUGAAGAGAAUGCAGGGUUUAUCCAACGAGGGCCCUUCAUCGUCAGACCAGCUCUUCGCUUCCACUCCGGUGCCGCAAAGCUUACACGAUUCUGGUGGGAGUGGGCACUCUCAUGGAAACGGGCAUCUUCCGGUCCCCAUUCCGAUGCUAUAUCCACCGCCAAUGAUGCCCAUGCCGGUUCUUGGAAUGCCCCAUGGUCAGGGUCAUCCGCAUGCUCACAUGGGAAUGCCAGUGGCCAAUCAUGGGUUCGAAUCACAUCCGUAUAAUAUGUUGCAGCGAAGGGAUUGGUCUGGCAAUAAAUUUGCUUCGGUUGUAUCGAAUCCUCACGUUACUACUAAUGAUAAAUGAGCUUUCAUUCAGAAAUUUGUCAACAACUGGGAAACGAUUCAAGAGUUUAACCAAUGGUCAUCACUUGGAAGCAUGGGAUGCAACUCUAUUGGUGGCCCUGGAUUUCAUUUACAUGCACUAUUAAAGAAGUAAUUGCAGGCUCUUGAGCCAAAUGGAGUCUGGGUUAUUAUGUACUGUUUCGGCAAAUUCACGAAACUUUUCUUGACAAACUUAUCACAUAAUUGUAGGAGGAGAUAUCUGGCAUGGUGCUUCUGGUCUGCCUAAAUUAUUGCAGCUUCGGGAGUACAUUCUUAAAUCUUAACUGGUUCUCCGAUUCAUUUGCGCUACUAUAUUUUGUGUUUCCUGAUUUUGUUAACUCUCUUUUACAGCACCAAUGCAAAAUUGAAUAAGAGAGGGACUGAGCAAAAGUUAGCAACCUUAACUUGUAGCUUCUCGUUAUUAUUCCAUUCGAAAUAUGUGUUCCAUUUGCUGUUGGGAUAAUUCAGUCCGGUGAUAUCAUUAAAUCUUAUGUUCGCAGUGCACUUUGUUGUCUGUGGGUUUGUAUAUGAGAUGUGUUCGUGGAUUUGAACAAAUACCAAGUGUGUUAGAAACGUGAAGUCUCACUCGAGUUC